ACAGUGGCAACAAUAUUCUUAUCCAGAAAGAAGAAAACACGUUAAACUUGACGUGGACUUAACUAGCUGGCCCAUUUUAUUAAACAAUAAUGUGCUACGAUUUCUAACAGUUAAAGAAUUAUAAGACUAUUGAUUUAUUUCAUUCAUCGGACACAUGCUAUUUCUUCUAUUAAAAUGGCUCUAAAUAUCAAAAUGUAUAGUAUUCUGUGUUCUAUACUGGUACCACUACUUCUAAGUCAAAAUGCGGAAGCUGCCGCAGUAAUAUCUAUUGAUUUGGGCUCGGAAUGGAUGAAAAUAGGCAUCGUCUCACCUGGUGUACCUAUGGAGAUUGUUUUAAAUAAGGAAUCUAAACGCAAGACACCGGCUGUGGUUGCAUUCCGAGAUGGUGUGAGAACGUUUGGAGAAGACGCUGUUAAUGUGGGUGUAAGAUUCCCGAAGAACACAUACAAAUUCUUCUUAGAUUUGUUGGGGAAGUCAUUUGAUCACCCAUUGGUGAAAGCAUACAAGGAAAGGUUCCCAUAUUAUGAUUUGGUGGAAUCUGACCGUGGUACUCCUGUUUUUGUACAUGAUGAGAACACAAAGUUUACACCAGAAGAACUGGUUGCUCAACUUUUAGCCAAGGCAAAGGAGUUUGCUGAAAUCAGUCAUGGACAACCUAUUAGUGAAUGUGUAAUUACCGUGCCUGGAUACUUUAAUCAAGCUGAAAGGAGAGCUCUUAAAGAUGCUGCGGCUUUGGCAGGACUUAAUGUACUGCAACUUAUCAAUGAUUAUACUGCUAUUGGUAUUAACUAUGGCAUAUUUAGACGGAAGGAAAUCAAUGAGACAGCUUGGUACACCUUGUUCUAUGACAUGGGAGCUGUUUCAACUAAAGCAGCUCUGGUCGAGUACAAAACUGUCAAGAUAAAGGAGAAGGGUUACGUGGAGACUGUACCGCAGCUGCAAGUUAUCGGUGUUGGAUUUGAUAGGACUUUGGGUGGUUUCGAAAUGACGUUGCGUCUUCGGGAGCAUUUGAUCAAGGCUUGGCUGGCGAAUGGCGGCGGUGACGUCAGAGCAUCCCCCAGGGCCAUGGAAAAGCUACUGAGAGAAGCGGAAAGAUUGAAAAUUGUGUUAUCUGCUAACACAGAACAUUAUGCACAGAUUGAGAAUCUCUUGGAUGAUAAAGACUUUAAGGUUUUGGUGACCCGGGCGGAGUUUGAAGAACUGUGUUCAGAUUUGUGGAGUAGGGUAUCGGGAGUAAUCCAACGUGCUGUCGCAUCUGCUGCGGGCUCUGGUGAGGGGGCGAAGUUAGUGCUGGCUGGGGGCGCAGCCCGGGCGCCGGCGGUACACGAAGCCCUACGGAAAGUGGUAGGACAUGAACCAGCUCGGUCUAUCAAUGCUGAUGAAGCUGCUACCAUGGGAGCUGUGUAUAGGGCGGCAUCUCUAGCCACUGGUUACAAGGUUGCUCCAUUGAACGUCCGCGAUGCAGUGCUACUGCCCAUUCAGGUAGUCUUUACCAGAAAUGUUGAUGGCAAUGAGAAAUUGAUCAAGAGAACAUUGUUUGGUCCCAUGAAUCCUUAUCCACAAAAGAAGGUGAUCACAUUCAAUAAACACACAGAUGACUUCUCUUUCAAUGUUAAUUAUGCUGAGCUUGAUCAUAUACCGUCUACUGAAUUGAAAUACAUUGGUUCUCUAAACCUAAGUCAGGUUAUUUUGUCUGGUGUUAGUGAAGCUCUUGCAAAACAUGUUGGAGAUAAUGUUGAACAUAAGGGUAUAAAAGCUCAUUUCAACAUGGACGAUUCUGGUAUCCUCAAUUUGAUAAAUGUCGAAUUUGUGGCUGAAAAAACUAUUACUGAAGAAGAUGAUGAUAAAGACAGCACUCUGUCUAAGAUAGGAAGCACUAUCAGUAAAUUAUUCAGUUCAGAUUCUGAAACUCCAGAAAAAGCCGAAGAAAAGGCAGAAGAUAAACCAAAAGAAUCUGAAAAGAACGAAACCAAGGCUAAUGAAACAACUUCAGAGAAACAAAACGCUACUGAAACUGAAAACAAACCUAAACCUAAAGUGGUUGUGCUCAAAGAGCCAAUUAAAAAUGAGGAACAGAUCUUAAACUUGCAACCAUUGUCACAGGAACAGUUCAAAGAAUCUAAAAACAAAAUUAAAGAAUUGAAUAUCAUUGAUAAGAAACGAGUCGAAAGAGAAUCCGCUUUGAAUAAUCUGGAAGCUUUCGUUGUCGAUGCUCAGUUGAAAAUAGAUAUGGAGGAAUAUGCAGAAUGCGGAACUCAGGAACAAAUUGAGGAAAUUAAAAAGCUAUGCAGUGAAACAUCAGAAUGGUUGUACGACGAAGGUUACGAAGCUGAUACAGAGACAUAUGAAGCAAAAUUAGCUCUGUUGAGGGAGAAAACUAAUCCUAUUUUCUAUAAACAUUGGGAACAUAGAGAGAGGCCUGACGCCGUUGCUGCGAUACGUAAUAUGCUAAAUUCUUCACAAGAAUUUCUUAAAAUGGCAAAGAAUUUAACUAAAGAUGCUAAUUCCGAACGUGACGUGUUUACGGAUGUUGAAAUUGAUGUAUUGGAGAAGAAGAUCACGGAAACACAAUCUUGGUUGAACAAGGCAAUAGACGAUCAGAAUCAAUUGAAGAAGAAUGAAGAUAUAAAAUUAACAGUUGACAGCAUUCGAGAGAAAAUGUCCAAUCUCGAUAGGGAAGUGAAAUAUCUCGUCAACAAAAUGAAAAUAUGGCGGCCGAAGAAACCCGUAAAGAAAGAAUCUGAUAAUAAAACUGAAACCGUUAUAGAAAAUGAAAAAGAAACCACGCCCGAUACAGCCGAUGGUGCGGAGAAGGCAGAAAAUCAAGAGGAGAAACCAGAAGUUUUACCUGAACAAAAAGAAGAUACCGGUGGUGAGGAAACUCUGCAGAUAUCUGAUGACAAUCCAGAACAUUCCGAAUUAUAAUAGGUUUUCAAAUUUAAUUUAUUAGUCUAAUUUAUUUUUUUACAUUGACAAAUAAUUGGAAUUUGUUCUCUUUUCGUAUAUCAGUCUCGCACAAAAGUAUAUUAAUAGAGGCUAUGUCCCGUAGUUUAUACUGUUUGAGUUAUAAAC